CUAUUCCUCCCACUGAUACCAAUGAAGGGGCACUAUUCCUCCCACUGAUACCAAAGAUGGGACACUAUUCCUCCCACUGAUACCAAUGAUGGGACACUAUUCCUCCCACUGAUACCAAUGAUGGGGCACUAUUCCUCCCACUGAUACCAAUGAAGGGGCACUAUUCCUCCCACAGACACCAAUGAUGGGACACUAUUCCUCCCACAGACACCUUGAUGGGACAUUAUUCCUCCCACAGACACCAAUGAUGGGACACUAUUGCUCCCACAGACAUCAAUGCUGGGACACUAUUCCUCCCACUGACAUCAAUGAUGGGGCACUAUUCCUCCCACACUGACACCAAUGAUGGGGCACUAUUCCUCCCACUGAAACCAACGAUGGAACA